AUGGUGGUGAAGGUUCGUCUUGCGCGCUUCGGGCGCAAGAACUCUCCUUUCUACAAUAUUGUCGUCGCCCAUGCGAGAACGGCACGAAAUAGCAAGCCGCUCGAAGUCAUCGGCACAUAUGACCCGAUCCCAAAGCCCGACCCAUAUGAUCACUCGGGAAAACUACACAAAGACAUCAAGCUGGACAUACUAAGAGCUAAGUAUUGGAUCGGUGUUGGUGCACAGCCCACAGAUACUGUUUGGAGAUUAUUAUCAAUGGUCGGUAUCAUGGAAUCAAAAUAUCGAAACACCGAACCACGGACUCCGCCCCCUAUGCCGCGUGAGAUCCAAGGCGAUUCAAAACCCCAAGAUCCAACAAAUUAA